AUGCCGUCCCUCGUGUCAACUUGGCAUCCGGGCGAGGUCGCCAUGCAUCGUGAGCUGCGGACGCCUCGCUUUGAGAACCCCACGUCGGCGGGAUGCCCAAUGCCGUAUGCCGUAAGAGUGAUGCACUCGCAGCUCCUUGCGCUUGGAACCCUGGACGAUGAAGGCAGGCCGUGGACGACUAUUUGGGGCGGAGAGAGAGGCUUUGCUAGGCCGGUAGCCGAGGGUGUGCUCGGUGUUAAGAGUGCUGUGGACAAGCAGUACGAUCCUGUGUAUAAUGCUUUCUGGAAGUCUUCCGAUGGUAAAAAUGGCGGUGCCGACGAAGAGGGUAUAGUGAGGCCUGAAGGAGGCAAGAUGAUGUCCGGUCUGUCUAUUGAUCUCGAGACUCGCGAUCGCGUUAAGCUCGCAGGUCGACUCAUUGCCGGCGCCGACAUUAGCGGUGCGGAAAGCGAAGUCCAGCUUGCAUUUCAUGUGCAGGAGAGUCUCGGCAACUGCCCCAAGUAUAUCAAUAAGAAGGCCCUUGAGAAGACGGUGCCUCAGCCUGAAUUAGUACCCGGAGGUCCUGGAGGGAUAUUACCGCCUGAGGCAAUUGCUUUGAUUGAAAAGGCGGACAUGUUUUUCUUAUCGAGCACCAAUGGAGAGAGCAUGGACACCAAUCACAGAGGUGGACCGAGGGGAUUCAUCAGAGUGUUGAAGAAUGACGAGGACGGAGUUGAGCUAGUGUAUCCAGAGUAUUCUGGAAACAGAUUAUACCAAUCACUAGGAAACCUCAAAGUGAAUCCCCUCAUUGGCGUCGUCAUCCCCGACUACGACACCUCCAAUGCCCUCUAUCUCACUGGCCAAUCCACCAUCCUCCUCGGCAAGCAAGCCUCCGACCUCAUCUCCCGCUCCAACGUAGCCGUCAAAAUCACAAUCUCCGCCUCCCACCUCGUCAAAUCCAGCCUCCCCUUCCGCGGAACCCCCAACGAGCCAUCUCCCUACAACCCUCCAGUACGAUAUCUCCUCUCCGAGAAAGCUCCAGCUCUAGCUCCCACAGACCGGCCCGAUGUCAACGCUACUCUCGUCGCAAGGGACAUUCUCACACCUACAAUCGCCGUCUUCACAUUCAAGCUCGAAACAAGAGACGUAAAGGGCCUUCCCCAAUGGCAACCCGGCCACCAUGUCACCAUCAACUUUGAAAUGGAAGUCAGUGGUGGUUACGCCCACAUGAAUGACCAAGAUCCCCAAAGCCUCAACGACGACUACGUCCGCACAUUCACCGUCUCCAGCCCUCCAAAUUCUCUCCCCCAAAAGGACCAUUUCCAAGUCACCGCGCGUCUCCACGGUCCAGUGACGAACUUCCUCUGGAGGCAUAAUCUCCGCGUCCCUCUCGACCUCUCAGUCAUGGGCUUCGGCGGCAAAGAAUCCUUUGCGCUACCCGUUUCCACAACCACCACGACGCCAUUCAAGGAGCCCAUCUACAUUGCCGGCGGUGUAGGCAUCACACCCAUUCUCGCGCAAGCAAAGGUUGUCCUCGAUGCUUCUGUUCCAUUGAAGUUGCUAUGGACACUACGCGUCGAGGAUCUCCCUCUUGCGAUCCAUACUUUCAAUAAAAUCCCUGGUUUGGCGGAGAAGACCACUCUAUUCGCUACGGGAUCGCUUUCUGAGGAAGAUACGGAGAAGAUGCUUGAGAAGAUUCGUGAACGGGGAGCGACGGUGCACGAUCGACGGAUUAAAGCUGAUGAUUUGGGAGAGUUGAAAAAUGGAGGGAAGAAGUUCUAUCUAUGUACGGGACCGGGGCUGUUGACGUCGUUGAGGAGUUGGUUGGAUGGCGAAGACGUCGUCUGGGAGGAUUUUGGAUAUUAA